AUGGCCUCGACGCGGACUCUGCAGGUCAAACCCCUGACUCUUCAAUCUCUCUUGGAACCCAGCGGUCUUAUUCUACAGCAACACCCGUUUGCCGAUACUCAAAUCAUCGUUUCAACCCAGCAUUGCAUGCAACUCCUAUGCUCGACCGUCCGACGACUGAUGAAUCCGGACUUCCCCUAUACAUCCUCGGAUCACUGGGUGAGCCUCCUUCGCUCUACAUCCACUCUUGGGAGAAUUGUUAACUUCUUCGUCGCCAUCGCGAAUGAUGACGAGAGGAAAGAAGACAAUCAGCAAGGCUCUUCCUGGUCUCACCGUAAAUAG